AUGGAAAAGCCAUCAGAAGAUAAAUACGCCAUUCAUCAGGCUUGUCGAGAUGGUAGAACUGCUAUCGUGGAGUCCCUUCUCAAUGCCAACCCAAAACUCGCCUUCUUGAAAGAUGACGACGAAAGAUUGCCUAUUCAUUGGGCAGUUUCUUAUGGGCAUUUGGACAUUGUCAUAUUACUUUCCAAUGUGAAGAAUUUUGAUCCCGACGUACAGGAUGGGUCUGGAUGGACACCUCUUAUGAUCGCUGUCAGCCUCAAGGAAGGCGACGACAUUGUGAACUUAUUAUUGAAGAAAGAGGCUGAAGUGAAUGCUAAGAAUUUCACCGACCAGACCGCUCUGCACUUUGCCACCUCCAAAAACAACCUCCCAGUAGCCAAACUUCUACUUUCGCAAACCCCACCUGCAUCCUGUAGAAUUAAGGACAAGCGUGGACAGUAUGCAAUUCAUCGUGCAGCGGCUAUUGGAUCCACCCCAUUAGUUGAGUUAUUGUUGAAGAAUAAAAGUCCAUUGAAUCCUACGGAUGUCGCGGGACAGACACCACUUCAUCAUGCCGUUGCUGAAGGUCACGGUGACACUGCAGUAGCACUUUUAAAAGCCGGCGCAGAAACAGACAAGAAGGAUUUAGAUGGUUGCCUUGCGUUGGACCUUGCCCCUGACAGUCAGGUCAAGAAAUAUAUAGUUCAAUGGGCCGAGAUGGAGGGUAUCGACUUAUAG